GUAGGGCAUACAGCCGCUACUCCUUCCCUUGGCUAUUCCCAGGCCUGGGCCUCCCCCAGCGCCUCGCGCGCGCCCCCGCCGUCCGCGCCGCAGUCCGCGUCCGCCUAGCCCGGCUGCCCCGGCUGCGGCUCCGGCUCCAGCUCUGCGCGCCUCUCCCAAGCUGGCUCGCGGGAGCGAGCAAGGGAGGGGACCGCAGCGGGCGCCCGAGGGCAGGAGGAGUCUAGCUCUGCGCCGCCGACAGGCGGGCCCCUGGCUGCCGCAGCAGCUGCCGGUGGCCCGGAGGUGCCAGCCCGCGUGCGCGGGGUGGCUUAGCCACAGGGACGGUGGGGCCCGGGCCGCGGCCGCCGGCGAGGGAGAGCUUGCAGGCGGCAUGGCGGGGCUGCGGGCCAGGCGGGGCUCCCGGCUGCUGGCGCUGUCUGUGCUCUGCUUCUGCCUAAUGUUGCAAGUCAGAGCCAAGAGGCCCCCCAAGACGCCCCCCUGCCCGCCCAGCUGCUCCUGCACCAGGGACACCGCCUUCUGCGUGGACUCUAAGGCAGUGCCCAGGAGCCUACCCUCGGAGGUCAUCUCCCUGACCCUGGUGAAUGCUGCCUUCUCAGAGAUCCAGGAUGGAGCAUUUUCCCACUUGCCGUUGCUGCAGUUCCUGUUACUCAACUCCAACAAGUUCACACUGAUUGGAGACAACGCCUUCACAGGACUGUCACACCUGCAGUACCUCUUCAUUGAGAACAAUGACAUCUGGGCAUUAUCCAAGUACACUUUCCGAGGCCUCAAGUCCCUGACACACCUUUCACUGGCCAAUAAUAACCUCCAGACACUACCCAGAGACAUCUUUCGGCCCCUGGACAUCCUGAAUGACUUGGACCUGCGGGGCAACUCCCUCAACUGUGACUGCAAGGUGAAGUGGCUGGUGGAGUGGCUGGCACACACCAACACCACAGUGGCGCCCAUCUACUGCGCCAGCCCACCCCGCUUCCAGGAACACAAGGUGCAGGACCUGCCACUGCGGGAGUUCGACUGCAUCACCACGGAUUUUGUGCUGUACCAGACCCUGCCCUUCCCAGCAGUGUCGGCUGAGCCCUUCCUUUACUCCAGUGACCUCUACCUGGCUCUUGCCCAGCCAGGUGUCAGUGCCUGCACUGUCCUCAAGUGGGACUAUGUUGAACGGCAGCUCCGAGACUAUGAUAGAAUCCCAGCCCCCUCAGCAGUGCACUGCAAGCCGAUGGUGGUGGACAGUCAGCUGUACGUGGUGGUGGCUCAGCUGUUUGGUGGCUCUUACAUUUACCACUGGGACCCCAACACCACACACUUCACCAAGCUGCAGGACAUCGACCCACAGCGCGUGCGCAAGCCUAAUGACCUAGAGGCCUUCCGCAUUGACGGUGACUGGUACUUUGCUGUGGCUGACAGCUCCAAGGCAGGUGCCACCAGCCUCUACCGCUGGCACCAGAAUGGCUUCUACUCCCACCAGGCCCUGCACGCCUGGCACCGUGACACUGACCUUGAGUUUGUGGAUGGCGAGGGCAAACCACGCCUGAUUGUGUCCAGCAGCUCCCAGGCACCUGUCAUCUAUCAGUGGAGUCGCACCCAGAAGCAGUUUGUGGCCCAGGGUGAGGUGACCCAGGUGCCUGAUGCCCAGGCUGUGAAACACUUCCGUGCUGGUCGCGACAGCUACCUGUGCCUCAGCCGUUACAUCGGUGACUCCAAGAUCCUGCGCUGGGAGGGCACCCGCUUCUCCGAGGUGCAGGCCCUGCCCUCCCGGGGCUCUCUGGCUCUCCAACCCUUCCUCGUGGGUGGCCGCCGCUACCUGGCCCUGGGCAGUGACUUCUCCUUCACCCAGAUCUAUCAGUGGGAUGAGGGGCGACAGAAGUUUGUACGGUUCCAGGAGCUGGCUGUGCAGGCCCCACGGGCCUUCUGCUAUGUGCCUGCCGGGGACGCCCAGCUGCUCUUGGCCCCCAGCUUCAAGGGACAGACGCUGGUGUACCGACACGUGGUGGUGGAUCUCAGUGCCUAGGGGCAUGCAAAGCCUUUGGGCUCCUCAGGUGGCUUCUGGGUGCUGGGUAGGAGCCUCCAUGAACAGCAGAUGUGCCCCUGUGAAGACACGUGUGUCUAACCUGCACCUGUGCCCUUGAGUACACACCCCCCCCAGUGGGCACAGCAUACCCCAUGUGUUGGCCCAGGGGAGCCACUUACUGUCUCUAUUGGCAGCAUGAGCUCCUGCAAACACAAGGCACACCCAGAACCCUGAACAUCUGUGUCCUCCAUUCUGCCUGCAGGCCCCCUCACUCUGCUGCCUUCCCCACACUCUGCCUCCCUGUCUCAUGCGUAUCUGUGGUGCCAGUGGGGUACUGGAAAGAGGGGUGACCGGACCCUCCUGUCGCUAGGCUUCUCCUUCUGACCCUCCGGUCUCUCCUGUCGGUGUUCCGGGCAUUUGUUUACCUGCUCGGGUUUCCCACUGCAGCCCGUGGCUGUUCUGGGUGCACUCACCCCUGCCUGCCCUUGCUGCACACACUCGUGGACUCUGAACGGGCACACUCAGUUCCCUCUCUGUCUAUACUCCCCUUGUUGUACACUGCGCAUAGAGGGGCCCACUCUGUUCCCCUGCCUCUGUGCUUAGAGGGGCCACAGUACCUGUCCCUCCUCCAUUCACCCCCAUAUGCUCACCCCACAGCUGAUAAGAAAUGGGGACAGUGGUGCCAGCCUCAGAGAGCCAACAUGGCCUCCUGGGGGCAAGACCCCUCUGCCCAAGGCAAUAAUAAAGACAGCCUCAGCAGAUUCUGGGCGCUGUCCAGUGCUGGUCUCUGUUCUCAGUGGAGUUUCCUUCAUUGCCCUGAAUCCCAGGUUCAUGAGGCCCCCUCAGCUGAAAACCUUUUUGCUUUUCUUUCUGUAGCUGUUGCAUCCUCAGGCUGGGACCAUCCCCUGGUUCCCCCAUCUUUGGGAUGUGGCCUCUGAGCUGUGCUGGCUUCUUGGGUGGGUGUAAGAGUUAGACAAGUUCAAGUGACGAGAAGCUGCAAGCGCCCGAGCUACCUGUGACGGUGCCAGAGGUGUAUUUGGCUCCUGGCACUGCAGGAGCACAGCCUUUCAGAGGAUGGGGUGAGGGGCCUGUGGGAGGCACCCCAGGAACUGAACUGCUGCUGCCCUCUGCUGUCUGCUGGGCCUGGACUGCUCUGAGACACCAGGCUGGUGCAAAAGGUACCCAGAUCGGGUGUCGCUCCUUGUGGCAGGGCGCCAAGACACUGGGGGGGCAAUGCUGUGAUUCACUACCUUCAAAUAAAAAGUUCCCACCCUGU